AUGUUAUGUAAAACAAAACAAUCUAAUAAUGAACUUUUGUCUAAUCCAUAUUAUGCAUAUGAUAAUAGUUCAAUACCUGAAUAUAUGAUUAAUAUUAUUUAUAAACAAGAUUUAUGUAAUCUUCGAUUUCUUAUUUGGGAAAAUCCUAAUGUUACAUGGAUUAUACUUCAUGAAAUUAUUGGAUCAGCAUUCGAAUAUUCGAUGAAAAAAAAAAUUAAUGAAAAUUCAUCAUCACCAUCACCAUCACCAUCACCACCACCAUCGACAACAUUAAAUAAUAAUAAUAAUGUUUGUCUAAAUAUAUUUGAUAUAUUUUUAAAAAUAUAA